AUGAGGAAGAAGAAGAAGAAGAAGAAGGAGGAAAAGAAGAGAAGUAGGGGGAGAAGAAAGACGAAGGAGAAGCAGAAGAAAAGGCAGAAGCAGAAGAAAAAGGCAGAAGCAGAAGAAAAGGCAGAAGCAGAAGAAAAAGGCAGAAGUAGAAGAAAAGGCAGAAGUAGAAGAAAAGGCAGAAGUAGAAGAAAAAGGCAGAAGCAGAAGAAAAGGCAGAAGCAGAAGAAAAGGCAGAAGCAGAAGCAGAAGAAAAGGCAGAAGCAGAAGAAGCAGAAGAAAAAGGCAGAAGUAGAAGAAAAGGCAGAAGUAGAAGAAAAGGCAGAAAAGGCAGAAGUAGAAGAAAAGGCAGAAGUAGAAGAAGCAGAAGAAAAAGGCAGAAGUAGAAGAAAAGGCAGAAGCAGAAGAAAAAGGCAGAAGCAGAAGAAAAGGCAGAAGCAGAAGAAAAGGCAGAAGCAGAAGCAGAAGAAGCAGAAGAAAAGGGCAGAAGUAGAAGAAAAGGCAGAAGCAGAAGAAAAAGGCAGAAGUAGAAGAAAAGGCAGAAGCAGAAGAAAAAGGCAGAAGAAGAAGAGGACGAAGAAGCAGACGAAGGAGAAGAAGGAGGAGGGGGAGAAGCAGAAGAAAAAGAAGCAGACGAAGAAGAAGAAGAAAUAUAAUUCAUUCUUGUGUGGAUCGUCUACUCGUGUUGAUACAACACGAGGUGCAUCUGAAAUAUACUGGGCAGCCAUGUCUACUAUUCCACUAUUCUAA